CACGAUCAUCCAACUCUGUAAAUGCUGUGGGCGCAUGCCUGUGGAAUAGCGCACAUAUAACAGCACGAUUGGCACAGGCUAGCGGACGCGAUUCCUCGUCACCGCAGGUACAAUCUACAAGGCUCUAUAGCCUGCGCCGUUACGACUCCCUUUCGGACUGACGAUCGCGAGGAAGACGAAGUCCGGUGGGUACAUUGUUUUCGGAUACUCGAACUUUACUGGCAACCUUUGUGAGUGGGUUGUAGAUGGUGGACACGGCUCUGUCUCGCCCCACUACCCUCUGAGUCCUCAUCUGGCUCAUCGUACGGCAUCGCUUCUUCCAGACGACCUUGCUCGAUCUCCGCUCCGCGCCCUCUCGAGGCCGCCUCGCACUCCUCCUCGCAACUUAAUACCUCAUCGUCUAAAUCAGAGGCACAUCACACCCAUGAACGUCCUCGUCUACACUGGCCCCGACACCUCCUCGCCCUCCCUCUCGCACACCCUCACCUCCCUCCGCACCCUCCUCACCCCAAACUACGCCGUCCAAACGCUCGAUGCAAAAGCCCUACCUACCCAGCCCUGGCCUGCGUCCUGCGCGCUCCUCAUCAUCCCCCCCUUCCAAAGCCAAAGCGGAGCGGGCGCGUUCUCCGCUGCCGCGGCCAAAGACGUCCAGAACUACGUCCGCGGGGGCGGGAAGCUCCUCUCGCUGGGCAACGCGGUGCGCGUCGACCCUUCGAAGAUCCCGACCGCGCUGGCGCUGUCGGCGCAGGUCGCCGGCGUGAGCAUCUCCGACGUCAGCCCGACGCCCGCGUCUGCCCCGCGGCCGAAGCUCACGCUCGAGGAUGGCGAUGUUGGGCUCGCUUUCUCGCUUGCACCGGUGACCGAGGGGAUCGUCGACGCACCUGCGAUACGCCUCGUAGAUGGCGCACAGCUCGAUGGUGUCCAGAGCGCGGGCGGGGUGGACCUCCCGACCCUCCCUGAGGCAGCCCUCUCGGCGAAAGGCGUCGAGUUCCUCGCGCAAUACGACCCGACCGAGGACUCGUGCGUUGUCGCUAUCAAGGCGCGCAUCGGGCGCGGGGUCGCGGCAUUCUGGGGCGCACAUCUCGAGGCUCCUCUCGCGUCUGACCCCGCGCGGGACAAGGCACGCCUCCAGGCUCUACGGCGCACGCUCGAUUUGUUGGGCUUGCGCCUGCCGUCGCCCUCGGCAGCAGGAGAAAGCGACAAUGGUGCUGUUGCCCGCCCGACGCCCCAGAUCCUCAGCAGCGCGCCGUGGCGCAUAGGUGUUGUGGAGACGAUCCUUCGUGCACUCGAAGUGCCCGAACUCGCUGCCGCCGCCCCGUACGAGUUCAAAGACAGUAACGACACCUUCCUCUUCCACCCCCAGCAGGAAGCUGCGCGCGUCUUUGCGGAGCAGCGCGAGGCUACGAAGACGUUGGGCGAGGACCCUGCGACGUGGAACCCGAAGCAUAUCGUUGUGUACAAGGACGGGAUGACCGCGCCGCAGGAGUUGACCCCGAAGUUCAGGAUCGAGACAUACUACGAGGAGCUGAGGAACGCGAGGGGGGAGCGCGGGUGCCCAGAGAACUACCCGGAUGGUGCGUGGGGCGUUGGCGAGGCGCUGCUCUACGGGGAGGUCGUGACGAGCACGCAGACGAUGCUCGACAAGAACAUCCGCCUGCUCACCUCCCUCCCGACGCCUCUCCUGUCCCUCGCCUCCGCACAGCUGACAGGCCGCGGCCGCGGGGGGAACGUCUGGCUUUCACCCCCGGGGUGCCUCCAGUUCUCGCUGCUGCUCCGCGCGCCGCUCUCCGCGCUCCCCGCGACGAAGAUCGUCUUCGUGCAGUACCUCUUCGCGCUCGCAGUCGCCGAGGCGUGCCGCACGGAUGGUGUGCUCGGCGAGGAGGCGGGGUCGAGGGUGCGCAUCAAGUGGCCGAACGACCUGUACGCGAUCACGCCCGACGGCGAGCGGAAGAAGAUCGGGGGGAUACUCGUCAACACGAGCUUCGGCGCGGGCAAGGUCGAGCUCGUCGUCGGUGCGUCCUCUGCCCUCCGCUCCCGUCGUCUCACACUCACCUCCACGCCCACCUUCCAUCGUGCGUGGAUGAACAUGACGUUCACACGUUCAUGCGUGCAUGCUGCCUGUCCGCAGGGUGCGGCCUGAACGUCCUCAA